UCGCGGCCGUUGACGCACUGCAAUUGAUUUUCUGGCAGACAGAAGUGCGCGGCAAAAGAGGGGUACACAAACAAAAACAUGUGGCUGAGCCUGUGAGAAAACAGUCCUUCAGGUGAGGGGAUCGUCUGAGCCACCAUGGGUCUGCACUCGUCCCAGAAGAAGCACUUCCCUCUGCGGGGGAUCGACGGCGUUGUUCAGCUGUUUGACGCUGAGCUCCGUAAAUCUGAGCCAGACCUGGCCCUCCUCUCACUGGUCCUUGGUUUCGUUGAGCACUUCCUGGCUGUGAACCGGGUCGUCCCCAUAAAUGUCCCGGGGGUGCGGUUUGAGCCACUGGAGCCGGACUGUCCCAGCUCGUGUUUCCCGACCGUGGAGCUGGGGAUGAUCUCUGCACUGUACGAACGCUUCACGGCACAGAUCCGCGGCGCCGUGGACCUGUCUCAGUACCGCCGGACUGCUGCCGGGUCCAGCAGGGAGCUGGUGAAGAAAGUCUCUGACGUGAUCUGGAACAGUCUGAGCCGCUCGUACUUCAAAGACCGAGCCCACAUCCAGUCCCUGUUCAGUCUCAUCACUGGUACCAAACUGGACAGCUCAGGUGUGGCGUUUGCUGUGGUGGCGGCCUGUCAGGUUCUUGGUCUUAAAGACGUCCAUCUAGCGCUCUCUGAGGAUCAUGCCUGGGUGAUCUUUGGUAAAAAUGGUGAAGAGACAGCCGAAGUCACCUGGCAUGGGAAGGGGAACGAGGACAGACGAGGACAAACGGUGGCAACAGGAGUCAGUGAGAAGAGCUGGCUCUACCUGAAGGGCUCCUACAUGAAGUGCGACAGGAACAUGGAGGUGGCGUUCAUGGUGUGUGCCAUCAACCCGUCUCUGGACCUGCACACUGACAGCUCUGAGCUCCUGCAGCUGCAGCAGAAACUUCUCUGGCUGCUGUACGACCGAGGAAACCUGGACAGGUAUCCCAUGGCGAUGGGCACUCUGGCCGACCUUGAAGAUCAGGAGCCAAUCCCAGGAAAGGAGAACCCGCUGAAAAUCCACCUCCAGGCCGUGACCUCUGCGCAGAGGCACUACAACAACGAGCACAUCUACCCCUACAUGUACCUCGCAGGUUUCCACUACAGACACAGGAACGUCAGGGACGCUCUGAGGGCCUGGGCCAAGGCUGCUCAGGUCAUGCAGGACUAUAAUUAUUUCCGUGAGGACGAGGAGAUCUAUAAGGAGUUCUUUGACAUCGCGAACGAUGUGAUCCCCAACCUGCUGAAGGAGACGGCUGCUGCUGCGGAGAGUUCGGGGGAGGGAGGAGAGGGGGGGGAGGUAGCAGACAAGGAGCCGAAGCAGGCGGCCGCUUUCUCCGCUCUGCAGGACUCUGACUGUUUCGCUCACCUGCUGCGUUUCUAUGACGGCAUCUGUAAGUGGGAGGAGGGAAGCCCCACGCCUGUCCUUCAUGUGGGCUGGGCCACCUACCUGGUCCAGUCCCUGAGCCGCUUUGAUGCUCAGGUGCGUCAGAAGGUGUCCAUCAUCACCAAAGAGCUCGAGUCUCAGGACGAAGAUGACCAGUCCAGUGAUGACCCCCGAGAAGGUCGCAGACGACCCCCGAGGAGGGAGUCCAAGCUGGAGGAGCAGAGUUCUCCUCAUUCUUCUGCUCCUCCCACCUCGCCCUCGUCCCAGCCUCCUCCAGCAGCAGCUCAGCCCAAGAAGGUGGGAGAGGGAGGGAGCCGUCGCCGCUCCUCUCAGGGCCCGCGUGGAGGCGACACUGAAGGAAAACCCAAAUCCCCAAGCCCGGACUCCUCUCCCUCCUCCCAGCAUCAGCAGGAGGCGCCCCCCUCACCUACCUCCUCCCCGGCCGGGCCCGUGGUGGUGUUCCAGAGCGAGAAGAUGAAGGGGAUGAAGGAGCUGCUGUGUGCCGCCAAGGUGAACUCCAGCGCCAUCAAGCUGCAGCUCACGGCGCAGUCGCAGGUCCAGAUGAAGAGACAGAAGAGCACGCCGAGCGGAGAUUACUCCAUGUCCUUCAUGAAGAGGCAGCGCAAGUCUCUGUAGACACCGAGGAGGAGGAGGGGACUCAUACUGUGAACAUCUCGCUUUCAUUCGUCAAACUCUUUUAGCCGUGUUUUCAUCAGUUCAGUCUCAGCAAUAUUUUUCAGUUGCACUCUUCACAUAUCAGGUUUGAAGGCGGCAAAGAAAACCACGCUGCAUCAGCAACUCAAAAUGUUUUCAUCAGGAGCAAACGGGAUGCAACUGCAGGACGAAGCAAUUUUAUAACAAAUAAACAAAUAGGAGGGAAACAUGCUGCAUGAAGUCAAAGCAAAGGCUUUAAAAUCAAACCUGCUUAAACGACACAUCCGAUCAUGACGGUCAAAGUGCUUGUGGCCUGUAGGGGGUGCUGCAGGGUGUAGCUGCUGUUUAGCUUAAUAAGCCGGGCAGACGGUGGUAUUUUCAGUUCUACUCUGCUUAAGAGAGCUCUGAGGAUCGGCGAGUGUUGGUGUUGUCUCUUUAACCAAACGACAAAGUUAACUGAGAGUUAAUCAGGACUCUGGUGGAAGGGUUGAGGAGGAGUGAGAAACAUUUUGAGCGAUAUUAAGCGUGCACUUAGUCAGACCUAGAAGGGGGGGUUUCUGCAGUUUACAAUGAGCCAAAAAAAAAAAACAACGGCACUGCUGCAUUCCCCGUCUUCAGUCUGACUUACAGUCCCCAAACAUCAAGUCCUCCUGGCAACACGAAUCUCCUCUGUAGAUUAUUGUGUCCAUUAAAGCGCCCCCUACAGGCCUGGAGCACUUCGUAUGCAUUGACUGGAUGUGCAGCAUGUUUCUGUGGCUUUCUAAUCUGCAGUGCUUGCUUUUGCGGCACAUUUGCUGACGAUGCAUCACUUUCUCCUGAUGAAAAUCCUCUGGGCCGUUGCUGCGGGUUCGCCCUUGUCGUCCGCCGUAACUUAAAACUGAAGGAGGGAACAUUUCAUUGUGUUUUAAUUCAACUUCAGCUGGAAACAAACAGACUUUUCCUGGUUUGACAGAUUGUAAACACUCAUUAGUUUGUGUAUUAAUUGGCAGCCAAUUGCACACUGACUAUUAACUUCUGAUUGACUCACAUGUGGAUGUUUUGAAGCCAAAGUUUCUCCAGAAUCCAGCGUACAGAGGAGUGAAAACGACCAUUAGGACAGUGUUGAUGACUGAAGCCUGGAAGUGAUUAAUUUAGGAUAGUUACUGUGUAACAUUGUCCACCUGUGCUCGAUCCACAGCUUCUUAUUGCCAGCUCUUUGUUGCCUUACGUUGCCUUUGUUCUAUCUACAGUAGGUGGCCUUUAGUGUCGGUUAGCUGCGUUAGGCCUCAUUUCUGAUGAGUAGAGAGGAGCAGGAGACCAUGCACUGUUGAGACGGCGCCUCAGUAGGAGGCCCGAUACAUCGAUUUACCUUUUAGUUGUUGUUUUUGUAUCUGCAAGUAAUAAAGGUCUGAUGGAAA